AUGGAGAAGUUCAGGAGCUUCGAGGAUCCGGCGAGCGGCAUCAUGCCGUUCAUGCCGGAGAAGGUUGUACGCCCCAAGAACAUCCUACUCAAAGUCUUCAGGGGUCUCAUCGGAUUGUGUCUGGGCCUCGUUAAGUUCCCAGUCUGUGCGAUCCUAUUCCUCCUCUUCAUCCUGGUCAGGAGCAUCUUCGAGCUGCUCCCUAUUGCAUUCCUGCGGCGGCCGAUGAUCAGGAUCGUCGAUGUCGUCUGCUGUCGCCUCCUCCUCCUCCUCCUCGGGUUUUGGUGGAUCCCCGCUGGGUAUCCCAAGAAGAAGACAGUGACUGUCUCACGAGCAGGGGCGAAGCAGACUGGAUGGCCUCCGUUGAAGAGCGCCAGCUCAGGGUCGAUCCUCCUCUCCACUCUCUGCUCCUACGUAGACGUCCUCUACCUCUGCUUCCGCUUCUCCCCCGUCUUCGUGUUCCCUGUCCAGGACAAGGGCAAGUCAGUGGGGAAGGUGCUGAGGACAGGACCCCUCGGCGCCAUCCGCCUCAUCGUCGGCUUCCCUUCCAUCGCCGACAGGAGGGGGUUGGAGAGUAUCUCCCAUGUGGUGGCGAACAGCAAGAGCAGCCUCAGCGGGCCUGUCGUCUUGUUCCCUGAGGGCGUCUCGAGCAAUGGGCAGGGCAUCCUCCCCUUCCUGGCUCCUGUUGGGCCUGUUGAGGUCGAUCCUGCUGCUGCUGCUGAAACUUCUCCUCCACCACCUCCUCCUCCUCCUUGCUCCUUCGCUUUGCUGAACGUGCUGCCAUCUUCUCAUCUUCCUACUCCUCCCUCCUGCUGCUUCUCUGGGUCUCCUCUUAGACCUGACAGGGCUUCCCGACAGGAGGGUUCGGGUCCCGAUCAGAACGGGUUGGAGCAGCAGGCGUGGAUGGGAGGGAAAGUUCCGGACUGUUAUGCUCUGACCAUCAGGUAUUCGUCGAAGCACUUUUCUCCCAUCUAUACCGUCCAAUCUUUCUUCUCCCAUGCCUUCGGUCUGUGCGCACAGCUCUACAACUCGAUGGAAGUGACCUGCCUGGAGGAACGAGCGACAGAGCUCAAGGCUGUCGACCAGGGUCUCACUCCCUCCCAGCGCGAUGGCAGCAGCUGGUCUGAUCGACUUCGCACCGCCAUGUGCGCCGCCGCCUCCUCCCCUGCCAAGUCCGUCAGGUGCGUCUGCCAGUAG